GUGCGAGUUUUUUGCAUUCCCAACUAAACACGUCUGUUAUUCUCAGUGCCAUCUCAGUGCAGUUUUGUGGUGUAUUUGGGCGUAUUGUGCUACUGUAUAACCAUGGAAAGUUUGACCGAUUUGACUAUUUCUUUUAAAGUCAACAAUGAUAUAAUAAAUAUUACUCUUCAGCCGCUUGAAAUAGAUUUGUUUAAUAAAUUAAAGAAUGAUGAUGCCUAUAGCAUACAAUAUGUAAAGCUGCUCAUUCGAAAUGGAUUAUUUGUUUUAAGUGGCAAUGAUCAGGAAAUCAAGGAAAUAUAUCGAAUGAAUGGAGAAGAAGAAGAAUUGAUAUAUCAUGUUAAUGUCCACAAUUUGACAUGGACUAAUGCUGAGCAGCUGGCAGAGUGCAAUAAAGAAAAUGAUGUAACAAAUUACUCUAAAUCACAGGACUGCAGUGAAAAGAGUACCGAUCACUGGACCGAUUCGGCCACUUCAUUCAUCCUCGACAAAUAUGAAACGUACUUACUGGACAUUGGUCCAAUGAAGAAAUUUAAAACUAAAAAAGUGAUGUGGACACAAAUAUCUGUAGAUAUGAUGAAAAUGUUAAAUAUCUUCAAAACUCCUCUACAAAUUGAAAAUCGGUACAAAACGGUGUUAAAAAGAAAGAAAAAAGCAGUAGAGAAUAACAGUAGAUCAGGUAGUUCCAGAGAAGAGAUACCAUUUGAAAAGGAAUUGCACAAAAUUGCACGUGCAGAUGACAGCAUUGAGCCUGAGGUAUUGCGAAGUGCUAGAAGUGUGAAGUAUCCUAAGUUAAAUGUACCUGAAAAUCCUGAAAAAAUCUGCAACACUAAUAUCUCCAAGCAUGCCAUCGAUGGCUCACCGAAAGCAAAAAAGUCAAAACGGAGCAAUGAAGAUAUAAGAAUGGAAUUCUUUGAAAAAAAGGAAGCCGCAAAGGAAAAGCGACACCAAGAAAAAUUAAACCUGAUACGUGAGUUGUUCGCCAAACCAAAUACAGAGUAAUAAAAUAAUAAAAACUAGCCAAAGCGAAAAAAAACCAAAUAUAGUAAUAGGUAAUAAGUGUGAUAUUAGAACUGUUAACUAUGGCUGCUUUCUUUUUAAGUUUUGGUAGUUAAUAAAUAACAAAGAUAAAACAAUCCUUGUAUCGACUGUGUUCAUUAAAAGAAAAGCAGCUUAUAUAUUAAUAAUGAAAGUGUUAAUGUAAGAUGUUUUUUUAUUAAUAAUUUUACGUUAAUUAUUUUACGUUAAUUUUAGUUAAUUUUUAUUUGUAAUAGACAUUGCAAUAUCAAUUAUCGACUAUUAUAAUUUUAAGUUAAAUAGUAAUUCUAAUAAUUGUCACGAAUGUACUUUUUUCUUUUAUAGAUAUAGUAUUACUACCAAUGUUACUAGACUGAUGUAAUAUUACUCUUAGCAAAAGUUUUUUUAUUACCUGAAAUAAAUAAACCUGAAGUUCACAAACAA